CGACUUUGUAUCAAAUAGGCAUAAUUCAUACAGUGUUAUUCUCAAUAAAAAAAAUCCCAUAAAAUAAAAACAAUAACUUGGUAUUAAUUAUUAAGAAAUACGUUUGGAGAAAACUAAUAUGACAGAUUCAAAAUAUUUCACCACUACUAAGAAGGGCGAGAUUUUCGAGCUCAAAUCUGAACUUAACAAUGACAAAAAGGAGAAAAAGAAGGAAGCCGUUAAAAAGGUUAUUGCCAGCAUGACUGUUGGAAAAGAUGUUUCGGCCCUCUUUCCGGAUGUUGUGAACUGCAUGCAAACUGAUAAUUUAGAAUUAAAAAAGCUGGUUUACUUAUAUUUGAUGAAUUAUGCAAAAGCUCAGCCUGAUUUGGCAAUUAUGGCAGUUAAUACAUUUGUCAAGGAUUGUGAAGACUCGAAUCCCUUGAUAAGAGCUCUGGCAGUCAGGACUAUGGGUUGCAUUCGUGUGGACAAAAUAACAGAGUAUUUAUGUGAACCACUCAGAAAGUGUUUAAAAGACGAAGAUCCUUACGUUCGUAAGACAGCGGCAGUUUGCGUAGCAAAACUUUAUGACAUCUCCAGCUCAAUGGUGGAAGACCAAGGUUUUUUGGACCAGCUGAAAGAACUUUUAUCCGACUCGAACCCUAUGGUAGUUGCGAAUGCUGUUGCCGCUCUCUCUGAGAUCAACGAAGCCAGCUCAACUGGAUAUCCUCUUAUUGAGAUCAAUUCGGCUAUUAUUAACAAGGUAAAAUAUUCUUUGAACGAAUGCACUGAAUGGGGACAAGUUUUCAUUUUGGAUGCACUUAGUAACUACACUCCAAAUGAAAGAGAAGCACAGUCUAUCUGUGAACGUAUUACACCACGGCUUGCUCAUGCUAAUGCUGCUGUUGUUUUGAGUGCAGUUAAGGUUUUGAUGAAAUUACUUGAAUUUUUAUCUAAUGAUACCGAGUUCUGUUCCACUUUGUCAAAAAAACUAGCUCCCCCUUUGGUAACAUUACUUUCAUCUGAACCAGAAAUUCAAUAUGUUGCUUUAAGAAAUAUCAAUUUGAUUGUACAAAAAAAGCCUGACAUUUUGAAACACGAGAUGAAAGUGUUCUUCGUCAAAUAUAACGAUCCAAUUUACGUAAAAUUAGAAAAACUCGAUAUAAUGAUUCGACUUGCAAGUCAAAACAAUAUUGCGCAAGUUUUGAGUGAAUUAAAGGAAUACGCAACCGAAGUCGAUGUGGACUUCGUCCGAAAAGCCGUAAGAGCUAUUGGUAGAUGUGCUAUUAAGGUCGAACCUUCAGCAGAAAGAUGCGUAUCAACUUUACUGGAUCUUAUACAAACAAAAGUAAAUUAUGUUGUACAAGAAGCUAUUGUCGUUAUCAAGGAUAUCUUUAGAAAAUAUCCAAACAAAUACGAAGGAAUAAUUAGUACUUUAUGUGAAAAUUUGGAUACUUUAGAUGAACCGGAGGCUCGUGCAUCUAUGGUUUGGAUCAUUGGCGAAUAUGCUGAGAGAAUUGAUAAUGCAGAUGAACUUCUAGAUAGUUUCUUGGAGGGAUUCCAUGAUGAAAACUCACAAGUUCAAUUACAAUUGUUGACAGCAGUUGUAAAACUAUUCUUAAAACGACCAGUUGACACACAAGAACUUGUACAACAUGUUUUGUCUUUAGCCACUCAGGAUUCUGACAAUCCUGAUUUACGUGACCGAGGAUUUAUUUAUUGGCGACUUUUGUCAACUGAUCCAGCUGCCGCAAAGGAAGUAGUCCUUGCGGAUAAACCUCUUAUUUCAGAAGAAACUGAUUUACUGGAACCCACUCUAUUAGACGAAUUAAUAUGUCAUAUUAGCUCGCUGGCAAGCGUUUAUCAUAAGCCACCAUCAGCUUUUGUUGAGGGUCGUGGAAUGGGAUUGCGAAAAUCACUGCCAAAUAAGACGGAAGCACCUACGAGCGCAGCUACUGUAAUUCCGAACCAAGAAUCUUUAGUCGGAGACCUUUUGUCAAUGGACAUCAACUCACCUGUUGUCACAAACACCCAACCUAAAGUAGACCUUCUUGGAGGAGGUUACUCUGGAAUCCAAUUAGAUACUCUUUUAACUGGACCGAACGUUGAAAGCAAUAAUAUUCUUGGAGACAUUUUUGGCUUAGAAGUAGUAGCAUCUAGUACCUUUGCUUUGCCUAAAACAGUAUGGCUUCCAGCUGAUAAAGGAAAGGGAUUGGAAAUUUGUGGUACUUUUGUGCGUCGAGGUGGUCAACUUUACAUGGAUAUGACUUUUUCAAAUAAAGCAAUGCAGGUUAUGACAGGUUUUGCCGUUCAGUUAAACAAAAAUAGUUUUGGCUUAACACCUGCUGCACCCCUAAAUGCUCCACCUGUAUUACAGCCCGGUCAGUCAAUCGAUGUAUCACUUCAUUUAGCAACAACUGGUCAAGUUCAAAGGAUGGAACCGCUUAAUAACUUGCAAGUGGCCAUCAAAAAUAACAUUGAUAUAUUUUACUUUGCAUGCUUAGUUCAUGCAAAUGCUCUUUUUACCGAAGAUGGACAACUGGACAAACGAAUAUUCCUUCAGACAUGGAAAGAAAUUCCGUCAGCAAACGAAGUCCAGUUUACCUUAAAAAAUAUUGUCGGUCAAUCUGAUUCUUUAGCUACAAAACUGGCUUCAAAUAAUAUAUUUACAAUAGCAAAGAGGAACGUUGAUGGGCAAGAUAUGCUUUAUCAGUCACUGAAGCUAUCCAACAAUAUUUGGGUCCUCUUAGAGUUAAAGCUUUCCCCAGGUACGAUGGACGCUACAUUAAGUUUAAAAAGCAGAUCUGUUGAGGUAGCACAAAUAAUAUUCACUGCAUAUGAUUCCAUUAUUAGAUCACAUUAAGCACAUACUACUAUAACAUAAAUGUAUUACCUUUCAUAAAUUUAAAUGUUCAAAAAAAUAUUUAAUAAAUAUCUAACAGUAAAACAAACAUUAUAAGCUUAAUAUUUUAUUUUGUGCAACAUUUUAAACUACA